GGGACUUUCCGUCUUUAGUUCUAGGAUGACAGGGCCGUCUCGGCAGGUUUGUGGUAUCAUCGGGGAUGACCAGGUGGAGAGGGAAACGUGACGACACAGGGACAGGAGGAACGUCCUCGAGGAAGCGUCAGGGGGCCACAGUCCCGUGGGUGGUGCAGAUGCUGGGGUGGGGGGCAGCUUGUUCUGCGGGCCACUGGACGCCAGGAGGCCAGGUCUGAGUCCUGCUGUUGACGGUCUCCAUGGCCCGGCCAGCAGGCUCCUGCAGAGGGUGGGCAGGAGGUCCUGGGCCUCAGCUCUGCCCUGUCGUGUGCAAGCAGCCCCGAUGUACGACGUACACAAGGGGCGGCAACCAGGCAUGCUGUUCUGACCCUGAGGUCGGUGGGCACUGACAUCCCCGGGACUCAGCUGGGAGACCGAGAACCGGGGGCGCCACCAGGUUCGUGUGAGUGAGGACGGCGCCUGGAUGAGGCCCCAGGGGAGGAGGGCGCCUCUGACACCCCAAGCCCCGAGGUGUUCUGAGGGAGGGAGAGGGGUCAGUGCCCUAGGGCUGCACGGGAAGCAGAGACAAGAGGCAGGAGUGCCGGAGCAGCUGCGCCAGGGCACAGGGUGCUCAGGAGGCAAGGAGAGUGGAUGGCCUCCUGGGGGUGAGGCACCUGGAAACGCUGGGAUGCUGCUGGCAGGUGGUGGGCGGGGUGCUGAGCGAGCCUGGAUCCAGGGCGGUCCCCCUGCAGGGACAGCCCCCAGAGCACUGUGAGGGUGCUGAGAGGGAGGAAGGCCGCAGUGGGGUGGUGUCCGGAGCCUGUGCAGCCGGCCUUUCCGCCUGUCCCCUCGCUGGCCUGCGCAUCCCGGCCUGUCCGGGCUGGAUGCUCCUUCCCUCCAGUCCUGGGCGGUUCCCCCGAGUUGCCUCUGAUGAUUCUCUGCUCUGUGCUCCGUUCUCUUUGUAGGCUCCCCUUAUUAACACAUUGGACCGUUUUCUUAUCCUUUCCCCUAUGAGAAAGUAAACUUCCCAGGGGCGGGAGAACUCGUCUGUUUUUAUUCUCUGUGCCCAUCACAGGGCACAUAGGGUGGGCGCUCAGGUGUUGCUGAGAAACUGUGUGAGUGAAACCGACAGGAGCCUCGGGGGUGACCAGGGUCCCUGGACUGUGCUGUCCUAAAGGAUCUGGAUGCCAAACAGCCAGCUGCCUGGGCAGACACGGUUCAUUUGAUGAAAAGCAAGUGAGAAAUGGCUUUCAGAAUAUAAAAGGGUAAGGUAGAAGCCACAGCCCAGUCUCAGAGCUCCAUGAAAUCUCUGGCCAGCAGGAGCACCUGCUAGACGACCCGCUGUCCUCCUGCAGCCUCUUAGCCACUUAAAGUACGGAUACUUCCCACAAAAUAGAAAGGGUGGAAAGAGACCUGUUGUCUUGGAGGCAGUGGUCAGCAAUGCCAACAGACGAGGCCACACUGGACAUCAAAUAAAUCGUGACAGCAAAGAAUUGUAACCAAUGAACAACCUAAGAACCCAUGAGCCCGCACUGCUGUGAUUAAAUAGCCAAGGACACAAAUACAUGAGAGGGAAGGGGAGGCCCCUUCUUACAGCAGAAGGUUGACUCGAGUGCGGGCGGACGGAUGGAUUUAGAAACAUCACCCCUGGUACCUGUCCUGAGAACAGAUUCAGGCUCCAGCAAGGUGCUGCUGAGGCCCCGGACGUCCCAGGAGGUGGCGCACAUCCUCAGGUACUGUCACGAGAGGAACCUGGCUGUGAGCCCACAGGGGGGCAACACGGGCAUGGUGGGGGGCAGUACCCCCGUCUUUGAUGAGAUCAUCGUGUCCACUGCCCUCAUGAACCAGAUCGUCAGCUUCCACAACGUGUCCGGGGUCCUGGUCUGCCAGGCGGGCUGCGUCCUGGAGGAGCUGAGCCGGUAUGUGGAGGAACGGGGCUUUGUCGUGCCGCUGGACCUCGGGGCAAAGGGCAGCUGCCACAUCGGGGGGAACGUGGCGACCAACGCGGGCGGCCUGCGGUUCCUGCGCUACGGCUCGCUGCGAGGGACGGUCCUGGGCCUGGAAGUGGUGCUGGCCGAUGGCACCAUCCUUAACUGCCUCACGUCCCUGCGGAAGGACAACACGGGCUAUGACCUGAAGCAGCUCUUCAUCGGGUCGGAGGGCACCCUGGGGGUCAUCACCGCCGUGUCCAUCUUGUGUCCGCCCAAGCCCAGCGCUGUGAAUGUGGCUUUCCUCGGCUGUCCUGGCUUUGCUGAGGUUUUGCAGACCUUCUGCACCUGCAGGGGCAUGCUGGGCGAGAUCCUGUCCGCAUUCGAGUUCAUGGACGCCGAGUGCAUGAAGCUGGUCGGGCUCCACCUCCGUCUUGCCUGCCCUGUGCAAGAAAGCCCGUUCUACGUCCUCAUCGAGACCUCGGGCUCCGGGGCGGGGCACGAUGCGGAGAAGCUGAGCGGCUUCCUGGAGCAGGUGCUGGGCUCGGGGCUGGUGACCGACGGGACCCUGGCCACCGAUCAGAGGAGGAUCAAGAUGCUGUGGGCCCUGAGGGAGAGGAUCACUGAGGCCCUGAGCCGGGACGGCUACGUGUACAAGUACGACCUCUCGCUGCCCCUGGAUAGGCUCUACGACCUCGUGAGCGACCUGCGGGCCCGCCUCGGCCUGCACGCCAAGCACGUGGUGGGCUACGGCCACCUGGGGGACGGCAACCUGCACCUCAACGUGACGGCAGAGGCCUUCAGCCCGUCGCUGCUGGGCACCCUGGAGCCCUACGUGUACGAGUGGACGGCCAGGCAGCGGGGCAGCGUCAGUGCCGAGCACGGCGUGGGCUUCAAGAAGAAGGAUGUCCUUGGCUACAGCAAGCCACCCGAGGCCCUGCAGCUCAUGCAGCAGCUCAAGACCCUCCUGGACCCCAAGGGCAUCCUGAACCCCUACAAGACGCUGCCCACCCGCACCUGAUGCCCUCUGCGGUCAGCGGGAGACUCGGGAGGGGCCUCGAUCCUUGGCUUUGCUUGUGGGGCGUGACUGCAGGGCUGGCGUGGGCUCACAGGGCCUCCAUCCGACGGAGCCAGCGGCAGGCGGGGUGACCAGCCCCCUGGUUGGCAGUGGGGAGCUGGCCCUGUGGAGCCUGGGACACGUGGCUCUAUGCAGGAUUCCUCCGGGCGCUCUGCCGGUUCUGUUGGGUGGGCCGAGUGGAGAGGGCUGCCCUGUCCUCGCUCCAUCCUCGUGGCGGGCACUCCAUCCCUUUGCAGGUCCUGGACAGGCCAGGUGGGUGAGCAGUUCCGCCUAAUCAGAAUAGACCAGGUCGCCCCUGCUUUGCCUGUGGCCCCGGGAUUCCACCUUGCGGGGUGCAGCUCUGGGAGGGGGCACGGGUGGUCCUUCCGCUGGUCCCCGCGCCGUGUGAGCCUCCGAGGUGCCCUGGGCAGAGGUGGUGAACUGCACGUGGGCAACAGAGCACCGUGCGGUGGGUGCACGCGGAGCUCUGACCAACAGAGCCUGGGCCAUCGGGCGCUUUACGGAUGACUUUUAGUCACAUUUGAGCCAGAGUGACAGGAAUGCCCCCCACCGUGGAAGGUGUCAUUUCCCCCGUUUUCCAGAAGGCCCAUGAGUUGGCAAGACUGUUGUCGGAAGACAGGCAUAUUGGUUUCUUGCACUUGGUGGUUUGCUGUGAUGUGUCUUUCCGGUUCUGCUCUGACCACGAAUGUCAGUAGUGCUGGGUGAGAAGCCCCGCCAGGCACAAGCAUCUUCAGUAACCCCGACCGGGUCCUCCCCAUUGACCUUGGUCCCUGGGGCAGCUGCUCGGGCUGUGGAGACAGUCUGGGAGGCUGGACACGUUUUCUGUUUCUGGCUGCCAUGAACUUCCAGUAAAAGUGGCAAUUAAUCACGA